AUGGAAAAGAAAAAUGCGUUUGCCCCUAAAAUUCACCAAGGCCAUGCUUCGAGGUUUUAUUUGAAAGUGAAUAUUCAGUGUUGUUCAGCCUGUCCUAGGAGGGCGAAGGAAAAGUUGGAGAAAUUCUCUGGAGUGCUUGCAAUCACCAUUGAUACAGAACAAGGUUUGGUAGCUGUGACAGGCACUAUAGACCCUCAAAUAGUUGUACAGAAAUUUGCAAGGUGGGGCAAAAAAGCAGUGCUUUGCUCCCCCGAAAAGGACCCUGUCGAAGGAGACUCAUCAGACUGUUCUUGCUGUGACGAUGACUCCGAUUGUGAAUGCGACUGUGAUCGAAAUUAUGAUGAAAAAGAUGCUGCUAAACCCAAAUUGCAGGAUGCUGGAGCCAAGCUGCCUCAUGGGGCUCCUCCAAUUUUCAGGCCCAACAAUUCUCUAGGAAUGUCUGCUAUGCCUUACGGAGCCUCAAGACCACAGUUCCCACCAUGUUGGGAGAGGCCACAAUAUGGAAGUCAAAUUCAUGGACCAACUGUGUACGGGAGUCCAGCUAUGCUACCAUAUCCACAUCAUAUUCAGCCAACGUACCCACCACCAGUACUUCAGCCACCUGCUUUUUUUCAGUCAAGACCUCCACCACAUUAUAGGCCCAUGAUCCAUUAUUCCAGAUAUGAAAACAACUAUGUUUAA